GAUUGGACAGAUGCGUCGCUAGAACGAGGCUUGGAAGAAGCUGCUUAGCGGCAAUUUUACGACAGGUGGAAAUAGAUUUACUUCAGCGACUUCCUUUACGGCAGAGGGAACCCUGUGAAGGAAUCGCCAUGGGGCUCCUUAAUAAUAUCGUUCGAGGGCUGGUCCGUGGAGCAGACAGAAUGUCAGUCACUACAAGCAAACGAGGGCCUAAAUCUUAUAAAACAGCACGAGGUCCCAGGAAGGCCGGGUACCUGACCAGCAGUGGCAAAUUUGUACGUGUGAAAGAGAUGGUACCCGAAUUAGUGGUACCUGAUCUGACAGGAUUUAAAUUAAGGCCGUAUGUGUCUUACAAGGCUCCCGAGGGCACUGAGGAACAGAUGACGGCUAAAAAACUCUUUAUGGAAACUGUUGCAUCAUCUAUAAAGAAGGACAUCGAAGAAGGAAAAUUUAAUCCAGAGAACUUGGAAAAGUACGGGUUUGAACCAUCUCAGCAGGGAAAGUUGAUUCAGUUGUACCCCAAAAACUAUGUCCAAUAACUGUGUAUCCUGCAUUAACGACCUCUGUCCAAAAAACAAA